AUGAAUUUGUUGAUUUUAUGUUCGGGAAAUUCCGUAAUUCCACGUCAUUUUUGCAAUUUGGAAGUUGGAGAUUGUGAAUCAUCUUUAUAUUUAGAAAUUUGGUAGUGUAAGAAGCAUAAACUCAUACUAGAAGAAAAUAUCUCAGAAAAUAUGAAUGGUAGAGCGAUGUAGGAUACCAUCAAGGACUACCAUUUCAGCCAGUAUGAACGAAAAAUCACUUCAAGCUGAGAUUUCCUAGUUUACAGACAGCUCAGGAUUUGUAAAUUGUUUUGUUUGUUUACAAAUUGACAUCCCUAGAUCUUGGGAUCUAUGAGUACCAUAAAGAAUAAAGUCACGGUGGACUUGGCAGAUGAACAGCUGCAUAUCUACCUUAUUGACUGAAAGUGUAAGGCCAAGUGUAGGACUAGGCUAGAUUAAAACCCAUCCACACCUGACAUUGAAUCAUCUGAUUUCUAAAAUGGCGAAUGCAGAAAUCUUGGAUUUGUUGUUUGAUAAACAAGAUGGACUUAUUACAGAAGAAGCUACAUCAGAAUUAGGCUUACAAGGAACAACAAUUAAUUUGGCUGAACUCGACUCAUACUCAGAUGAUAUUCUAGCACUAUUGAAUAAUUCAGAAAUGAUGUCUAGUGAAACAGAGAUUGCAACAGAAAAUUCAAUGGAUACUCUAAAUGUGCGUCUUGUGCAGUCUCCUUUAAACAGUGACAGUGGUGUCUCAUCAGAUGGUGCCAUAUCCCCACCAUUUGAUGGUGCCACAUCCCCACCAUUUGAUGGUGCCACAUCCCCACCAUUUAGCACAGACUCAUAUGGAAGCCCAGAAAUGAGCCCCGCCUCAGAACUGUUUAAUUCAGACUUAAACUCAAAUUUAACAUUAACAACUGAAUCAAGUAAUUUCACAGUUUCUGAUUAUGGACAGAAUCCUUUAAAUCUUGAGGAUUACAACAUUCAAGAUCUCCAUUUUGACACAAUUGACCCUGCAAAUCUUAUGAAUGAAGAUGACCUAAGUGAAAUGUUGACUAAUACUCCAGAUGAUGUCUCUAUUGAUGUCGGUCAUAUGGAAACAAUCAACACAUUUAACACCAGUGAUAAAAUUCCUGCCACAAAGACCAUUAAAGUAGUUCAUGUAUCAAAAAGUGCAGAUUCCCUACCUUUUACAAUACAGGACAUUGAUUAUGAUAUCAAGACGGAUGACCAUAUCGGACUGCCCCUUGUCCUUACAGAAGAGGAGAAACGUAUCAUGUUGAAAGAUGGCAUAUCACUCCCAACAGAUGUCCCAUUGACAAAGGAGGAGGAGAGACAGCUUAAAGGCAUAAGGAGGAAGAUAAGGAACAAAGAGUCUGCCAAAAACAGCCGUAAAAAGAAAGUAGAAUAUGUAGAUGGUUUAGAGAAACGAGUGAAGGUUUGCACUCAGCAGAAUUCAAUAUUACAAAAGAAAGUCGGCACAUUAGAAAAACAGAAUAUGUCUCUUUUGAGCCAGUUGAAGAGACUACAGGCUGCCCUAGCUAAUGCAGGUCUGAAGCAGAGCAAGACUGGAACAUGUAUUAUGGUGAUGGUGUUGUCAUUUGCCUUGAUAGUAGUCCCAAGCUACAACCCAUUUACCUGGAACAACACACCUGACAGUCUCAAGACAAUUCCAAUGGCAGGUCGCUCAAGAAGUCUACUUGCAGAGUCAGAUAGAGCAACAGACCUUGGAGACCCAUAUAGCAUCUCACUGCGUCCUGGUCCUCCAUGGGAAAACCCCCCUAAAUCUCCUGUCAUUGAGCUACACAUUGUUCCCCACAAUGCCCCCACAGACCAGUCAAGCAGUCCCGAUGAAUAUAUGGCAGACAUGAACUCAAAUGUAAAUAGUGCUGCUGAACAAUCAAAUUACAAUUACUCAGAACAAAAUCACCCUGAUCCAGAACAGAGUGUGAAUGAUGGUGUAGAAAGCAUAGACACAAAUGUGAACAAUAAUAAUGAACUAGAAAGUGGUGAACUAGAAAUCACUGAAGUUGAAAAGGAGGAACCGCCUGAUCAUGAAGAAAUCACAAAUGGGAAUAAACAUAUUGAUGAUUUAUGAACAAAAAAUGAAUCAUAAUUACUUAAAAAAAUUUUAACCAAUGGAUUUAUUUCAUAAAUACAAUAACUUGAUCAGUUUUGAUGAUCAGUUUUUACCACAGACUUCAGAGCACAGUAUUUAGCAACGCAAGAUUUUUUGUGUUUUAAUCCAAACAAAAGGUCUACUCAUUGAUAAAUACAGCAUGUUUGUACAGUGUAUUGUUAUUGUAGAUGUAAAUAAAUAAUUCAUCGACAACUUCUAAAGAAGCCAAC